AUGGCGGGGCGUCCCAUUCCGAACUCCCUGAAGAAGCAGAUGCAGAAAGCCACCGUUAAACACACAGACAUGCCGAAUGAGAUGAAAACGGAGGUGGUUGACAUCAUUGCAGGUUCGAUUGACAAGUUUACUUUGCCCACGGGGGUGAACUUCGAAGGUGCUACCCGAGCAAUCAAGGAUGCCCUAGACAAGAGUUAUGGCUUCAAUUGGCAUUGUGCAAUGGGCAAGGGGUUCUGCUUCGAUGUCACCGCGCAGAAUGGGACUUUGAUGCACUGCUACUACCAGGGUGAGCUAGCCAUUCUGGUGUACAAAUGCUGA